AUGCAGAAACAUGGCUCCAAGGCUCGACUGGAAGUUGCUUUCGGCAGCAGUGUUGGUCUGGGGAUGUGGGCUUCUCAAGCCAUGUCUAGGACACUGCAAGAGGCGUUCAUGGCUGAACGACACGAGCAGUGGAUGACUCGCUAUGGACGCACGUACAAGGAUGCUGCAGAGAGGGAGAUGCGCUUGAGGAUAUUCAGAGACAAUGCCUUCAACAAAGCCGGUACUCGCCCCUACAAACUGGCCAUCAACCAGUUUGCUGAUUUGACAAAUGAGGAGUUUCGAUCCUCCCGUAACGGGUAUAGGAUGCUUUCUCAUGGAAGGACUCCUAAGGCAGCUGCAUUUAGGUACCAAAAUGAGACUGCAGCUCCAGCUAGCAUAGACUGGAGGAAGAAAGGAGCCGUCACAGCAAUCAAAGAUCAAGGCCAAUGCGAUGCAAAGGAAGGGCUCUGCGGAAUCGCCAUGCAGGCUUCCUACCCAACCGCUUGA